AUGCCACUUCGCUCCCUAUAUCUUGCCAAAUCCGGUGGAGGCGCAAAUCAACGCUCUCAUUUCGCCCUCUUCAUCCCGAACGCAGAAUACGAUCGGGACACUAUUAACCAAGACUUUCGUUCUCUCAAGGCUGUUGGAACAAGGAUUCAUGUCGUGGGAGAGCCUCUCAUGUCCGGGUUUGCAUUCGAGGUUCAUAGGAACUACAACACCCAAGCCUACCCGGAUCUGAAGCAGCUGGUCUUUCUUGGAAAGGUCGACGACUCGAUGCUCCACGAAUACCCAGAAACUAAGCCGGAGAUACGAGAGAACAUAGCGAGAAGCCUUCUCGAGCGAGUUGCAAAAUCUAUAACUCCACCGCCCAAAGGACAAAACAUACGUGCGCCAAUCGACGGGGUGCAUACCAAAAGGUGUCAGGAAUGGACAAUGGAGGUGCUGGAACUUUUAGUGGAGAAAGAAUUCAUUCCUUCAGAGGCUGUGAGCAUUGCACAGAGACAAAGGGAUCCACCAACUAAGGGUAUCUUUGGCUAUAAUUGGGAGACAUAG